AUGUCGACGAUAUCCGGAGAAAUAAGCGACUCCCAACUCGAAGAAAUCUACCAAUUCGCAAUCGAUCUCGGGAAAAAAGCCGGCGCGAAGUUGAUGGACGGUAUACAUGCAAGAAUUGGAGGCACUAUAUCAGAAAUCUCGUCGAAUGUUGCAAGCAAUGCGAACAUGACAAGUAACUUGGCGUUUGAAGAAAAGGACAAUGCGGUCGAUAUUGUUACGCAAGUUGAUGAGGUGGAACGAUUCAUCCAUGAGGCUAUCUCGACCAGAUAUCCCUCUCAUAAAUUCAUCGGCGAAGAGACUUAUGCAAAGACAUCGUCCUCCGCCCGCGAAUACCUCAUAACCUCCGAGCCCACGUGGUGUGUCGACCCUCUCGACGGCACAGUCAACUAUACGCAUAUGUUCCCCAUGUUCUGCGUGAGCAUCGCUUUUAUCGUCGGUGGAAAACCCGUUAUUGGCGUGAUAUAUGCUCCAAUGCUGAACCAACUGUUCUCAUCGUGUCUUGGCCAUGGUGCCUGGCUCAAUGAAACAACCCGUCUACCCUUGAUCAAAAAUGCGAAGGAUAAUGUUGCAAAGGAUAAUAAAGAUAACUACGGCGUUCCGCCCAUGCCUGAAAAUGCUCCGAGUAGAUGCAUCUUCUCGUGCGAGUGGGGGAAAGAUCGCCGAAACGUUUCCGGAGGCAACCUGCGAAAGAAGAUUAGCAGUUUCAUGAACAUGGCAGCGGAGAAGGGUGGAGAGAAUGCCGAUGGGUUGAGGGGCAUGGUACACGGUGUGAGGAGUUUGGGAAGCGCAACGUUAGAUUUGGCAUAUACGGCUAUGGGUUCAUUGGAUAUCUGGUGGGAGGGUGGAUGCUGGGAGUGGGAUGUUGCGGCCGGUGUUGCCAUUCUAUUAGAAGCCGGAGGGUUGGUAACUACGGCCAAUCCGCCCGAAGAUCCAGAUACGGCGAAGAUCGAAGAUGUGAGGCUCGGUAGUCGGUUAUAUUUGGCUAUCAGACCCGCUGGACCUUCGGCAAGUGAAACAGGUCGACAGUCGCAGGAACGCACCGUACGUGAAGUAUGGAAACGAGUCAAGCUUCUCGACUAUAGCAGGCCAGGAGCAUGA